AGUUAAUAUAUUUUGUAAAAAAAAAUACGGUAUGGGAACGGACGGACGUUAUUGCUCGUCGAUGGUGCGUUUGCUUCGCGGCAGAGAAAUCGGAUUUCGAAACGUACUCGCUGGCGCUGACACGUGGUGUCCCAAGCAUUUUAGAUCGCAUAUCAGUAAAAACGAACGCAGGUGGAGGCCCAAGAAUUUCAAAUUGCAUAUUGGUAGAACCGAACACAUUUGGAGGACUUUGGACUCAUACGUUAAAACAUGUUGGUGUAUCGUUCGCGGCAGCGUCCGUAACGUUUACGACGAAGUAUUGACGCACGAGUUCUGUUCACAGUGUGGAGGGAAUUGUAAAAUAGAUGUCAGCGGUGCGAAUGUAGCGUCGACGAUACGUCUCAGCCGGAACGCCAACGUAUUUAGACGUCCAAUUGAUAUCUUAUAA